AUGGGUAAUCGAACAAUCACAUGCCUCCUUUUGCAUCUUACGUUCACAUUUACGCAGGCGCAAAACGAUGAUUUUGUUAAGACACUUACACAUGGUGGCAAGGUUCGUGGCAAACAGGAGACUGUUCAACUGGGUGACAGGACGGUCGCUGUCAGUGCUUACAAAGGGAUACCGUUUGCCAAGCCACCAGUUGGCAACAAACGGUUUGCUCCACCUGAAGAACAUGAAGGUUGGGGCGGGGAGCCAAUAGAUGCCACAGGAACGCCACCUGCAUGUUGGCAGUAUGUGGUGCUUGAUGGUUUUGAUCAGAAUAAUCCAGGUGCCCGAAUGUGGUUAAACAACACGGAAAUGAAUGAAGAUUGUCUUUAUUUGAACGUUUGGGCUCCUCUCAACCCCAGCAUGUCGAGAAGUUUUCCAGUUAUGGUGUGGAUUUAUGGAGGGGCAUAUACUAGCGGCACCUCUACACUGGAUGUUUAUGAUGCCUCAAUCCUGGUAGCUAAACACGAAGUCGUUGUCAUGAGCAUGCAGUAUCGAGUUGGCGCAUUUGGUUUCCUUCGACUGGCUCCCAGUUCAGAUGGCUCGAAUGUGGCAAUGGGAAAUGCAGGGCUGUUGGAUCAACUUUUAGCACUGAAAUGGAUGAAGGAUAACAUAAUGGUGUUUGGAGGCGAUCCAAGCCAAGUCACGGUAUUUGGAGAAUCUUCGGGUGCCGUGAGUGCCUCACUUUUGUGGCUGUCUCCUUUGGCAAAGAACUAUUUCAACCGUGUAAUCCUGCAGUCAGCAAGCGCGUUGACGAGGUGGGCUGUUGAAAGUCUAGAAGAAGCUCACAUGCGCGCAGAAAAAUUUACCGUUGCCUGUGGUUGCCCAUCGCCAAAGACGAAACGUGCAUUGAGUUUAGCUUGCUUGCAAAGUUUGGAACCCAUAAAAGUUGUCGACACGCUGAACAGCGUGGGCGAGUUUGUAGAAAACAGAAGGAUGGAAAAACUGAAAACUUUAUUUCCAGGUGAUCCUGACAUCUUAAGUUGGGCCAAGUCCAGUUGGAUCUACUUUGAUGUUCCGUUGAAAGCUGUAAUUGACGGCCAUGUGAUCCCGAAGCACCCUGAAGAAUUGCUUACCACUGCUUUCCAGGAACAACUACGCACCAAACGUGAAGUAUUACUGGGUUUCAAUAAGAAUGAAGCCAUGUAUUUUUUGUUAUACGGGUUGGACCUGAAGCAAGGCGGAUUUCUGAACAAAGACGGGACAGUUAACCUCCCAGAAGCCAUAAAAAAGGCUGCCGCUGGAGUUCUGAUAGAAGGUAAGAAGGCUGACUUCACCAAAAUAACGGCGGCACAGUUCUUGAGUGAAAACAUACUAGUAGAAAGUGUUUUUCGAUUGCCGGCAGAGUACUACAGGCUUCCGAAGGUUACUUCCGAAACUGCAGAAAUCUCAAUGACACCAGAGGAACUCAUGCGUCGCUUAGACCAACUUUGUGGUGAACUAGACUUUACAUGUCCCACACUAAAAUUUGCCAAGCGCGUGGCAUCACUUCCAAAUUCUAAAGUGUUCUUGUACGAAUUACAACGAAGAACUGCCAAUUUUUCUUUCCCAAAAUGGGUUGGUGUCAUGCAUGGCUACGAAAUCGAAUAUGUGUUUGGAAUGCCAUACUCAGAGAAGUUUCAAACGGCCUUCUAUCGCUUCAACAAUCAAGAGAAAAACUGA